GGUAAAAGCACUCUCACAAUCACGGUUGAGCGUAGGUAAACAGUGUUUACCUCAUGGUGGAAGACAAGACGCACUGUUUAGGCCUUUGGGGGACGAGGUAGCAUUGAAAAGACAACCAGACAUUCGCAAUUACUGGGGGUGUGAGGGAGACCAUCAUGGCAGGCGACAUGAUGUUGGUGAUGCGUGGCUUGACCAAGCUGAGCCAGGCCAUCAUGGAGACUCAGGCCAACACCCUGCGUAAUGGAGGAGCCCAGGCCAUGGCCCAGAGCAUGGGAGUAGCCAUGCAGAAGAUGCAGGAGUUUGGUGGGCAGCAGCAGCAGAGUGCGUCUGAUGACUUCCCAGCAGACAUGGACAGCAAGUAUGACUUCUCUGGAGCAGAAGGAAGCAACAUGGACAGAGGGGAACACGUGGGGUCAGGGUUCCGGGAUGAGGGGGGCUUCUCAUCGGAGAGGACAGAGAGCGCAGACGGAGGGACCAGCGGGACAUACAAUGGCCAGGUCUCAGUCAAAUCCAAGCUCUUUGAUGGCUACAAGGACCCCAGCAGCCAGUUCUCAGGACAAAUCCGUUCCUACCGAUCCUAUAGCGUCUACCGCUCCUAUCACCAGGACCGCUCGGGGGUUGGGGGCCUCACGGCCGAGGACAUGGAGAAGGCCAGGGAGGCCAAGAGGAACGAGAAACCACACAAACAAAUGCUCAGUGAGAGGGCACGAGAGAGAAAGGUACCCGUGACACGGUUAGGAAGACUGGCCAAUUUUGGAGGUCUUGCUGUAGGGCUGGGCUUUGGAGCGCUGGCUGAGGUAGCCAAGAAGAGUAUGAGGCCAAGUGAGGAAAACGCUGACAAGAAGGCCGUUCUGGACUCCAGUCCGUUCCUAUCAGAGGCUAACGCAGAGCGGAUCGUCAGGACGCUGUGCAAGGUCCGCGGAGCCGCACUCAAACUGGGCCAGAUGCUCAGCAUUCAAGAUGAUGCCUUCAUCAACCCCCAGCUGGCCAAGAUCUUUGAGCGUGUGAGACAGAGUGCAGACUUCAUGCCCAUCAAACAGAUGACGAAGUCCAUCAACAACGACCUGGGCCCUAACUGGAGGGACAAGCUAGAGUCGUUUGAGGAGCGGCCGUUUGCUGCGGCCUCCAUUGGACAGGUCCAUCUGGCUAAAAUGAAGAACGGCAAGGAGGUGGCCAUGAAGAUCCAGUACCCCGGAGUGGCUAAGAGCAUCGACAGUGACGUCAACAACCUGAUGACCCUCCUCACCAUGAGCAAUGCGCUGCCUGAAGGUCUCUUCCCUGAGCAUUUGAUUGAGGUGAUGAGCAGAGAGUUGGCGCUGGAAUGUGAUUACAUAAGAGAGGCCAAAUGUGCCAAGAAAUUCAAGGAGCUGCUGAAAGACCACCCGUUCUUCUACGUGCCAGAUGUAAUAGAUGAGCUGAGCAGCAACGCCGUCCUCACCACAGAGCUGGUCCCAGGCUUCCCUCUGGACCAGGCUGAACAACUCUCCCAGGAACUCAAGAACGAGAUCUGUGAGAAUAUCCUGAAGCUGUGUUUGAGGGAGCUGUUUGAGUUCAGAUACAUGCAGACUGACCCCAACUGGUCCAACUUCUUCUACGACCCGCAGACACACAGGGUUGCGUUGUUAGAUUUCGGUGCAACGAGAGGAUUUAGUGAAGACUUCACUGACAUCUACAUUGAGCUCAUCAAGUCCGCAGCAGAGGGAGACAGAGAGGGGGUUCUGAAGAGAUCAAGAGACAUGAAGUUCCUCACAGGUUAUGAGUCAAAGUCCAUGGAGAACGCCCAUGUGGAUGCGGUGAUGAUCCUGGGCGAGGCCUUCGCCUCCACGGAGCCCUUUAACUUUGGGGCCCAGAGCACCACGGAGCGCAUCCACAACCUGAUCCCCGUGAUGCUGAAGCAGCGCCUCACCCCGCCCCCCGAGGAGACCUACUCCCUCCACCGCAAGAUGGGCGGCUCCUUCCUCAUCUGCUCCCGCCUCGACGCCAAGCUCAGCUGCAAGAACAUGUUCCAGGAGGCCUAUAACAACUACUGGAGGGACCGCCCCAACCGACCAAGCCAGUGACGGACACUGCAGAGGGCCAAUCGCAGGGCAACGGCACCAGGGUUAGAGAGGGUGUGGACUAUAAGGGAGGGAUGUUGAAACAGCCUAGCCAGACUUGCUCUGCUGUAAAUUGAAUGUAUAUUAAUGGCACUUUUCCUCGUCCCUCCCCCGAACAAGAAUCUGUAUUUUUUUGUUGUGUUAUUCGGAGUAUAUUAACAUAUUCACAAGACGUAUGAGAUGGUUGUUUGUAUAGGUUGAGUUAACUGGGAUGAAUGCUAUGAUGUGUGUCUCGAGCGAGAAUUGUAAAGCGAUUGUGAAAUCAAGACAUUUGGUUUCUUUUGACACUAUCUAAUGGGCAUAAAACAAGGUAAUGUAUUGAA